CGCACGUUUGUCUAAGAGCGGGACGUUCCAAGAGGGGACAGAAAUUCUUCAAAUCCAUCUUUGUUUUCAUUUGACUCGACGAUGGUGUUGUCCGUUUCAGAUUAAUCUGUUAGCCAAGUAAACAGAUACACAUAGCUAUAAUUUACUUUUAGUGAAAAAAAUAUCAACUCCAUGGGUAAGUGUCAUUUACGUAAUGUAGCUAAAUAAAAAUGUUCCGAUACGUUUAGCAAGCUGCAAGCUAACCAGUUAGCCAGCUGUAACUCCCAAGCCCAGAAGGACGCUCAAUGGUUACCAAGGCAAGCGAUUUAAAUGUCCAAUUCUGGUAGAUUAUUUUUGAAAAGUGAAAGUCAGUUGAAAGAACAUUGCUACUGUUAUGUUCUUCUCAACUAGCUAGGUACCCACAUUUGACUCUAGUAUGUAAAGUUGACUAAAUUUAGCUAGCUAGUUAGCUAACUACUUUAGCUACUGUUGUUAAUGACUGUUAGUGAACAACAUGUUGACAAUUUAGAUAAUCAAGUUAACGUUAGAAAAGUCUCGCGGGCUUCUAUGUAGUUAACAUUUGCCCAUUCAAAUAGAUGGUAAAUGUUAUUAAACAUUAUACCGUCUAUUCAUUCAUUUGACAUUUACAUUUUAGUCAUUUAGCAGACGCUCUUAUCGAGAGCGACUUACAGUAGUGAGUGCAUAAAUUUUUAUUUUACCAUCCAAAGGCAUUGUAAUGCAGCUCUACUAGCAUGGUGAUGGAAAAUUGUGUUUCAUAAAGAAAGUGUAUGCCAUUAAAUCGAGUUAAGGAGGAAAUAGACGCAUUUGCAGCUUGAAUGGAAGUUUUAUUUAUGAACCGGUCCACUGGCGAUCCGAGUGUAUAGCCAGUUGCAUACAAUGCCUUUGGACAGUAAGAUGAAAUGACUCGAUAUCGCCAUCUGCGGCCUUUGGGCUAUUCACUAAGCCGUCUUCAGCCUGAGGGGUUCUCCCCGACACUGGCCAAAUUCUCUGUCUAAACGCAAAUGCGCCUCGUACUCGAUACAGUUUUGGAAACAUUUGUAACUUAACAUUCAUAUACGCGAGGAAUCAAGGAAAUGCAAUUGAGAUUCUCCCCAAUGGAGCAUGACUGGGGAGGAAGUUUCUUAUCUCGUUUUGGAAAAUUCAGCUGGGUGCAACCAGGAUACAACUUUGCUAAACUGCUUACAUUAACUGUAUAUUUUGUAUUUGAAAGAUUCUUUCUCGCUGUUAUUUCAGUUAAGUUCCAAAUGUUUCCAAAAAUGUAUCGCAAGUGAGGAUUAAUUAACGUUUCUAAUUGUAGUGGGAUUGAAGUUCACAUGGUCCCAGCUGUCCUCCAGACAAUCAGCUGAGAACCCAAAACGGGGGAAGCUGGUAGCACCCUUGGGUUCUCGAGAGCUACUUGCUAGCUUGCUAAGUUUAUUUGCUCAAACAGGAAAGGCUGAGAUGAUAUCACGUCUCAUCAAUUUCAUGAUCGCUACAACUAGCUAACAAUAUUUUGUCAUUUUGUAGACAUGGUAAACUCAAACACUGACUUCAAACCAAGAAUCUAAGAACAAUCCAAGUUCCUGUUGAUAAUAUGAGUCAGAAGAUGGAGGAGUUGUACACCCUCGAGAGGGAGGUCGGGCGAGGUAGCUACGGUGUGGUCUUCGAAGGCCACAUGUCCAAAACAGGCCAGCGGGUUGCCAUAAAACGCCUGCCCUGCAGUAGCCCAGAGUGCAUCGAGCUUUACCUCCAGGAGCUGUGGGCCAUGAGAGCUACGGCCAAGAACCACCCCAACGUCAUCGCCCUCCAUGGCUGCCUGCUGCAGACCGGACCCAAGACCCUGCAGCCCCUCAGGCCAGGCAGGCUGCCUCUGGACCUGGUGGAGAGCGCCCUGAAGGGGAGCGUGGUGGGGGUAGAGCAGAACCAGGAGGAGAAAGGGACUAAGUCGGACUCCUCCCGGUCUAAAACUAAGAAUAGAACUAACUCGGGUGGUCUCUUCAGAUCCAGAACCAAGAGCAGAUUGAGAACUAACUCAGAGUCAGACUUCUUCAGGUCCAAAUCCCAGGAAAGAACUAACUCUGACUUGUCCAUGUCCAAAACGCCUGUGAGGAAAAUUUCUGGCCUCUCCAGGCCCAGAAAGAGACCAGCCCCCACAGCAGAAAAGGAGAACCGUGGUCCCAGGCGCUGCUUGGCCCUGUGGCUGGUGAUGGAGUACUGUGAUGGGGGAGACCUGAACCACUACCUGCUGUCCAGACCUCCAGACAGCCAGAGGAACCACAGCGUGGUCCAACAGCUCAGCUCAGCCAUGGCCUUCCUCCACCGCCUCCGCAUCGUACACAGAGACCUGAAGCCAGACAACGUGCUGGUCUCUCUCACGCCUAACGGGCCUCUCGUCAAGGUAGGUACACUGAAAUUCAAAGGGAAGUGAAAGGGGUGUGUGUGUGCAACCAGUGUAACCACGGUCCCCGCUGAACACUUCAGUGUAACCACGGUCCCCGCUGAACACUUCAGUGUAACCACGGUCCCCGCUGAACACUUCAGUGUAACCACGGUCCCCGCUGAACACUUCAGUGUAACCACGGUCCCCGCGGAACACUUCAGUGUAACCACGGUCCCCGCUGAACACUUCAGUGUAACCACGGUCCCCGCUGAACACUUCAGUGUAACCACGGUCCCCGCUGAACACUUCAGUGUAACCACGGUCCCCGCUGAACACUUCAGUGUAACCACGGUCCCCGCGGAACACUUCAGUGUAACCACGGUCCCCGCUGAACACUUCAGUGUAACCACGGUCCCCGCUGAACACUUCAGUGUAACCACGGUCCCCGCUGAACACUUCAGUGUAACCACGGUCCCCGCGGAACACUUCAGUGUAACCACGGUCCCCGCGGAACACUUCAGUGUAACCACGGUCCCCGCUGAAAAGUACAUGUAACUGUAAGAAAAGUUAUACUAAUUGGGUGAAAGGAUCAUUAGCUAGUAUUUUUUUUUAAACAGCCAAACACAUAGUUCAUUUAAAUCCUGAACUUGAGACUGUAAUAAUAUUCACUGUCUUCUUCAAUCUUACAUUCCUCUAGGUGGCUGACUUUGGCCUGAGUAAGAUGAGCGUUGAGGGAGGCCAGGGGAUGGAAGGAGACACUAGUCUGACCAGACAGCACUUCUCCUCUACGUGUGGCUCUGACUUCUACAUGGCUCCGGAGGUGUGGGGCGGCCUCAGCUACACGGCCCAGGCAGACAUCUUCUCCCUGGGGGUGAUGUUCUGGGCCGUCUUGGAGAGACUCACCUUCCUGGAGGAGGGCUCCACACAGGAACAACUGGGUGAGUUAGAGAGAGGGAGGGAGGGAGGGAGGGCUCCACACAGGAACAACUGGGUGAGUUAGAGAGAGGGAGGGAGGGCUCCACACAGGAACAACUGGGUGAGUUAGAGAGAGGGAGGGAGGGAGGGCUCCACACAGGAACAACUGGGUGAGUUAGAGAGAGAGAGGGAGGGAGGGAGGGCUCCACACAGGAACAACUGGGUGAGUUAGAGAGAGGGAGGGAGGGAGGGCUCCACACAGGAACAACUGGGUGAGUUAGAGAGAGGGAGGGAGGGCUCCACACAGGAACAACUGGGUGAGUUAGAGAGAGAGAGGGAGGGAGGGCUCCACACAGGAACAACUGGGUGAGUUAGAGAGAGGGAGGGAGGGAGGGAGGGCUCCACACAGGAACAACUGGGUGAGUUAGAGAGAGGGAGGGAGGGAGGGCUCCACACAGGAACAACUGGGUGAGGGAGGGAGGGAGGGAGGGAGGGCUCCACACAGGAACAACUGGGUGAGUUAGGGAGGGCUCCACACAGGGGAGGGUGUGUGUGUUGUCUCGACCUGUGGCAGCCUAUGGAAAACAAAUCUAUGUUGACUAUCUGUGAAAAGAUUCAGAGGGGUUAGUUACGCUCCGGUUUCAUUUUGGCUCUUCAGAGUCGGAGGAUGAUGAUGAUGAAGCAGUCAGACUGUCAGAUUUAAUUCUCUAAAAUGUCUCUGCGCCACAAGCAGCUCUGUUGGAGGGAAACGCUCUGCUACAGGUUUACAAUAAAACACCUUCCUUCCCCACCUCGUUUGAAGUGUGUUAUCAACCUGAAUGAAAACGGCUCUUGUUACCGGAGACAAUACUGGAUUUGAAUAUAAAAUGGGAAACUGAGGCUCCAUUAUGUUGCCCGUGGUCUGGUGGCUGAAUGGAUGGGGUGAGUUAGGGAGGGAGGGAGACUUCCCAGGCCAGUAAAAUAGUGGCUCGUUACUCCCCCGCCUCCGUUUUGUUUAGUCUUCCCAGAGCCCAUGGAUGGAUGAUAGUUGUACUACAGUAAUUAUUACAGUUGGUCAUGUUCUCCUGGUUGAAGGAUUAAGGAUGAUGGUUUGUUGUUGGUCUACAUACAAAGAUUAUAUUUUCACAGACUGCAGUACUGAUAUCUGUCCUGUACCUGUGUGUUCCUACGUGUAUGUAUGUGUGUGUGUUAAUGGGUCAGCAGGCUUCAGUUCGGCUGGCUCCUAGCAGGCUUCAGUUCGGCUGGCUCCUAGCAGGCUUCAGUUCGGCUGGCUCCUAGCAGGCUUCAGUUCGGCUGGCUCCUAGCAGGCUUCAGUUCGGCUGGCUCCUAGCAGGCUUCAGUUCGGCUGGCUCCUAGCAGGCUUCAGUUCGGCUGGCUCCUAGCAGGCUUCAGUUCGGCUGGCUCCUAGCAGGCUUCAGUUCGGCUGGCUCCUAGCAGGCUUCAGUUCGGCUGGCUCCUAGCAGGCUUCAGUUUCGGCUGGCUCCUAGCAGGCUUCAGUUUCGGCUGGCUCCUAGCAGGCUUCAGUUUCGGCUGGCUCCUAGCAGGCUUCAGUUUCGGCUGGCUCCUAGCAGGCUUCAGUUUCGGCUGGCUCCUAGCAGGCUUCAGUUUCGGCUGGCUCCUAGCAGGCUUCAGUUUCGGCUGGCUCCUAGCAGGCUUCAGUUCGGCUGGCUCCUAGCAGGCUUCAGUUCGGCUGGCUCCUAGCAGGCUUCAGUUCGGCUGGCUCCUAGCAGGCUUCAGUUCGGCUGGCUCCUAGCAGGCUUCAGUUCGGCUGGCUCCUAGCAGGCUUCAGUUCGGCUGGCUCCUAGCAGGCUUCAGUUCGGCUGGCUCCUAGCAGGCUUCAGUUCGGCUGGCUCUUAGCAGGCUUCAGUUUCGGCUGGCUCUUAGCAGGCUUCAGUUUCGGCUGGCUCCUAGCAGGCUUCAGUUUCGGCUGGCUCCUAGCAGGCUUCAGUUUCGGCUGGCUCCUAGCAGGCUUCAGUUUCGGCUGGCUCCUAGCAGGCUUCAGUUUCGGCUGGCUCCUAGCAGGCUUCAGUUUCGGCUGGCUCCUAGCAGGCUUCAGUUUCGGCUGGCUCCUAGCAGGCUUCAGUUUCGGCUGGCUCCUAGCAGGCUUCAGUUUCGGCUGGCUCCUAGCAGGCUUCAGUUUCGGCUGGCUCCUAGCAGGCUUCAGUUCGGCUGGCUCCUAGCAGAACUGGGCUAACCGAACCAGUGUUCCUGGAUACUCCCUUUUAAUAUACCUUCACUUGAAAAAUGAGAAAAAAGCAGUAAUAGUACGGUUUGUCAAUUUUUUUAAACGUUGUAGCUAGUGUACACUUCCUCAAAAUAGUCAGAAUUAAUCUAAAAUAACUCAAGAAAUCUGUAAUUUUGACAUUUUUGCCGAAGAGAUCUUUAGUCGCUCAAUUAUACAUCUAAAUCAGAUGUUUGGUGCAGUGUUUGGUGCAGUUUUUUUAUGAAAAUGUGCAUUAAAGCAAGUCGUCUCGUUGAAUGACGACUUUAUUGAAGAUUCCCUACUCUUGACCAAUCACCGAUGAAGGGGCGUAGACAUCGGCUCCCGGGGGGAAAAAAUGGUGUGCCCAAACAGCCGGAAAAAAACCUCACCAAAGUCCAAAACGUCACAAAAUGUCGUCAUAAUAUAUGCACAAACUCUAGCGAACUGUUUCGGCUGGGAAGCAUGCGGACGCCUUAAGGAUGUUUAGUACUGAUAUACAGUCUUUUUUUCCCUGUGUGUUCCUACAGGUGCGUACGUGUGUAAGGCCCGCUGGCUGAUGCCCCUGGGCGAGGCGUUGUGUGAGAACCCGGACCUCCAGGUGUGUAUCCCCAUGAAGUCCCGCCGCGCCCCACCUCUACCGCCCCCUCCUGGCCAGGCUGUCUGCACCCUGCUACUGGACAUGCUGGCCUCCGACCCUGA